AGGCGGUGACCAACGAUGGUCACUGACUUGAUAAAAGUGAUCCUCUCGAACCCGCCCAUUGUCCUGCCUAAGUUGGCAGCAACUCCACAACCUAUGACUGCACUGCUAUCGCUUUACGUGAGGAGAUCAGCAGUAAUAGCAGGUCUCCCUCUGGGGCAGGGUGUGGUGGAGGUGCCCCACCCUGAGCACUCCUUCCCUGGGGUUAAAAUGACCCUGCUCUGCCUCUGUGGAUCCAGGACUACAAGAGGAGUGUGUGGAGCUGCGGAGGAAGUGAAAGACAUCUUUGCUAAGGCGAGGAACGGAGCCUAUCGCCUGCUGAAGGUCGUCAUUGAGAUGGAGACUCUGGUGCUGGGAGGCACCAAGCAUGCGUCUAAGAAGUGGGACCAGGAGUAUGAUGCCUAUGUGCUGCCUCUCCUACAGGAGGACAUGCCCUCCUAUCUCCUGUACAGGCUGGACUCUACUAACAACCAGGGAUAUGAGUGGAUCUUCCUGGCCUGGUCACCUGACCGCUCACCUGUUAGACAGAAGAUGUUGUAUGCUGCUACAAGAGCUACACUGAAGAAGGAGUUUGGGGGUGGACACAUUAAAGAUGAAAUAUUUGGCACAGUGGAGGAUGAUGUGUCUCUGAGUGGGUACAGGAAGUACCUGAUAGCACAGGCUGCUCCACAACCACUGACUGCUGCUGAGGAGGAGCUGAGGCAGAUCAAACUGAGCGAGGUACAGACCGACAUCAGUGUGGACACUAAGCAACAGACUCUGACGGGCGUGGCCUUCCCUAUGCAGCGAGACGCCAUCCAGGCUCUGGAACAGUUCAGAGAGAAGAAGAUCAACUACGUACAGCUGGAGAUUGAUUUUAGGAAUGAGUGUAUCAAGCUGUCCAGCACCACUCCUACAGAACUGAAGGAUCUGCCCAAGAGGAUCCCCAAGGAUGCAGCCCGAUACCACUUCUUCCUGUACAAGCAUUCCCACGAGGGAGACUACCUCGAGUCUACAGUGUUCAUCUACUCCAUGCCGGGGUAUAAAUGUAGCAUCAGAGAGAGGAUGCUCUACUCCAGCUGUAAGAACCCUCUCAUCGAUACUGUGGAGAGCAACCUGCACAUCCAGAUAGCCAAAAAGCUGGAGAUUGAUAACGGUGAUGAACUCACCGCAGAAUUCAUGUACGAAGAGGUCCACCCUAAGCAGCACGCACACAAGCAGGCCUUUCCCAAACCUAAAGGCCCCGCGGGGAAGAAAGGAGGGCGCCGGAUCACUAGACCACCAGGGGAUGGAGAAGAAGACUAAUAAAACACCCCUCCAUUUUAGUCCACAAUGGAACAUUCCACUUAGUAUAUAAGAACCCUUUAUCUGGUUGACUCCCAAAUGGCCCCCCUAUUCACUUUAUAGUGCACUACUGUUGACUAGGGCCUAUAGGGCUCUGGUUAAAAGGAGUGCACUAUAUAGGGGAUAGGGUUCCAUGUAGGACAUAGACCAUUGACAUGAAUCCCUCCUAAUGCCCUUUAACCUCAUAGACAACCAGCCUGUAGACUAUAUGAACUAUGCACACACAGACCACCACACUAAUAUAAGCCAUGACACUCAAACCUGUGAACUUACUUACAUUAGUAGCUUGUUAUUUAGACAGACAGUCGGUGCUGUGUUUUCAUGAUGAUGAGAGAGAGAGCGAACAUUUCCCUUUAGAGCUAUAGCUAAUGUUUUUUUAUUUCUCAUAUUAUUU